CUUUACGGAAAACUUUAUAAUGCUACCUUUACGUUUAAAAAAUAGUUUAUUAAAAAUUAUAAAUGGAUCAUUAGUAGAUUUACCAACACCAUCAAAUAUUACAACAAUAUGAAAUUUUGGUUCAUUAUUAGGAUUAUGUUUAAUAACCCAACUAAUUACAGGUAUUUUUUUAGCUAUACAUUACACACCUAAUAUUCAAAUAGCAUUUGAUAGAAUUAUCCAUAUUUACCGAAAUAUUAAUAAUGGUUGAAUAAUCAAAAAUUUACAUGCAAAUGGUGCUUCAAUAUUUUUUAUCUGUAUAUACUUACAUAUUGGACGAGGAAUAUUUUUUGGAUCAUUCAACCUUAAACCAACUUGAAUUACAGGAACAACAAUAUUAUUAUUAACUAUAGCAACCGCAUUUUUAGGAUACGUAUUACCUUGAGGACAAAUAUCUUUUUGAGGAGCUACUGUAAUUACUAACCUUCUCUCAGCAAUUCCAUAUUUAGGAGAAUUCUUAGUACAAUGAUUAUGAGGAGGAUUUUCUAUUAAUAAUGCUACACUAACACGAUUUUUUACUCUUCAUUUUAUUAUUCCCUUUAUUAUUAUUAUAAUAACAAUUAUUCAUUUAAUAUUUCUACAUAACACAGGAUCAAGAAACCCUUUAGGAACUAAUAGUGAUAUUGAUAAAAUGUCAUUUCAACCUUAUUUUUUAUUAAAAGACAUUGUAGGAUUUAUUUUAAUAUACUUUAUCUUAAUUUAUAUUAUUUUAAUAAAUCCUAAUAUAUUAAGAGACCCAGAUAAUUUUACCCCUGCUAAUCCUAUAAUUACUCCUCCUCAUAUUAAACCUGAAUGAUAUUUUUUAUUUGCAUAUGCAAUCCUACGAUCUAUCCCUAAUAAAUUAGGAGGUGUAAUUCUUCUUCUAAUGUCUAUUUUAAUAUUAUUAAUUAUACCUUUUUAUAAAAUAAUAAAUUUCAAAGGAUUAAAUUUUUACCCAUUUAGACAAUUUAUAUUUUGAAUAUUUAUUAGAAUUGUAUUAAUAUUAACAUGAAUUGGAAUAAGGCCUGUAGAAAAUCCAUUUAUUAUUGUUGGACAAAUUUUAACAUUAAUAUACUUCUUUUAUUUUUUAAUUUAUCCUACACUAACAAAAAUAUGAGUCAUUUUAUUAAAUUAAAUUAAAUCAACAAA